CUAUAAACAUGUUAAGAGUAAGAGUGGCUCUGAGGGCAGUACCGUAUCUGUGUGCAGUGCGGUUGUACUCGGUGAAUCCUUACAAGAAGUCCAAGAAUCACACUCCUAAGUCGUCCCAGUUUCCUAACAGAAGUCGGAGUCCAUAUCCUCAAUCAAAGCUAGAUGAGUCGAAGGAAAACUUUGAGUCUAUAUUCUCGGAGUUACGUGACUUGCAAGGCUUAGCGUCGAAUACCAGAGUACAACUGAAUACAGAAAUAUCAUCUGGUAAUGUUACGGAAAUUAUGGAGAUUAUGAAAAUGUCCAAAAGGCGUGAGUCUGAAUCUCCAGCUCAAGCUGAAGCAGAAGCAGAAGCAGAAGCUAAAAUUUUUGAAGAGGAUAUAGAAUCUAUAAAGAAAAUUGUAGCCGGCACUAGAUCCAAAACCCCAUUGCAGUUCUUCAAUCCCGAAAACAAACGGUUGAAUUUAAAUCUUAAUAAUAAGAUCUUAUAUAGACAGAUCUCCCAGGAUGUUGAAAUGAGAAUGGAGAAACGUUGGCAAGAGCCUUCCCAGAGAUGGCUCGAAAAGUUUAAUGAAAUCACUAGUGAAAUAGAGAUGGAUAAAUCAGUACCAGAGGAUGAGAGAUACUCCUACUUCAAGAAAAAGAUUCUGGGAUUUAUAACUUCUGCAACUAUACUGCCACAAGUAGUUUAUGAAACCAUAGAUGUAGGUGAUGUUGUUACAUUAAAUAAUGAUAGUGUCAAAUAUUAUCUUGUAAUCAAACGUCCCGAUAGUCUUAAUAAUCAUGCAUAUACAUUCAUUGAUAGGUUAGGUGAAAUAGUUCAUGCAAGUAAAGCUAGUGUUAUAGUAAGAUUUCCUCAAGUCAUACCUAAACAAUAUCAUAAACUUAUAGAAAGUUUAGUUCAAUUAGAAACCAAACAUUUACACAUUGCUCCAAUUGGUAUGGUAGAUGAAAGAUUUUCUAGAUCACAAGAUUCUUUACCUGAAUCUUUAAGAAAGGAUUAUAAUGAUGAUGAUUUAAAUUCUGAAGGUGAUUCAUGGGGAACUGCCAAUGAUGAUGAUUUCUUAGUGGCUCAAGCUACAUCUCAACUUUUAACCGAUAGUAGUGUCAAUACAUAUCAUGUUCCCUUAGCUGCUCGUGAAUUAUAUGCUCAAGCAUUAACUGAUAUAUCUAUUCGAUCAUUUGAUGAAAUGACAGAAGUUGGUAAAAAGUUGGAUAUAUUACAUAAAAAAUUACAAUAUGAUCAAAAUGAUGAUCUUAUAAGUGUUCCAAGAUCUAUUAGUAUGUUUGAACUUUUAUAUUAUAUGCAAAAUGAGAAUUUUAUUAAAUUGGAUGAUACUUCAACUUAUGAAAGUUCAGUUUCAGUAUUAGGUAAAGAAUUAAAGGAGAUUGUGGAUUUUGAUAGUAAAAGUUAUCCAAUAGCUACCUUCUUAUCGACUAUCUUAUCACUCAGAAAGCAAGCAAGACUUUGGAGUAUUGAUAUACCAAGAGCAGGUUUUACUCCACUUAAUGUAUCAAUAUUACCUAUUACUAAUAUAGGAAUUAUUCAAAAGAUCAUGAAUUAUUUAAAGUAUGAACAGGGUGAUAAAUUAUUUGCGCAAUAUUAUUUUAAACUUAUGCAAGGUAAGAAUCCUCAGAAACCAGAACAUUAUGAUUCUGUUAUUAAAUUAUUUAAAGAUUAUGUCGUUGGUAAUUUCACCAGUGAUCCAGCUCUUGAAACUGCUAUAGUUUCAGUCAUUAGAUUAAUUGAUGAAUCUUCAUCUCAUAAUUCUAAACAGACUACUAUUGAGUAUAAGUAUGAAUACUCAAGAGCUAGAAUUUAUAUGAUAUUGAGUGAAAUAGGUGCUUUAUCUCAACCAUAUGAAGAUCCAAGUUUAUGGUCAAGACAUAUGAAUUUACCUGGAAGUGGUAUAAGUUUACUGUCUGAUUUAGCUGGUCAAUAUUAUAAAUAUCUUGAACAAAAUCUUAGUCAAGAAGAUCUUGUUCGUCCUCAACAACUUAAUAAGGAAUCAUCUACUACUAAUCCUAUGGAAAUCACUUCUUUAGAAUCUUUUGGUGAUCCUACUACUGAAGAAGGUACUCUUACAUUUGAUGAUGGUUAUAAGUCUGAUCCUUUACAAGCCAUUAGAGAAGAUUUUGGUGAUAUACCCGUUUAUUGUAUUGAUGAAGAAGAUGCUUAUGAAGUAGAUGAUGGAGUUUCCAUUCAUGAAGAUAAUAAUAAAUAUGUUAUAUCUGUUCAUGUAGCAAAUCCAACUGCUUUAUUAAAACCUGAAUCUAUCAUUAGUUUAAUUGCAUUCUCGAAAACUUCAACAACUUAUACUCCAGAUACUGCUCAUAUGAUGCUUCCUAAGAUUAUUUCCCUGUUUUGUGAACUUGGAGUCGAUGGAGUUCCAUUGAAUACAUUCACAGUUCAAUAUAAAUUGGAUAAAAAGUUAAUUGAUAACUGUAUUGAACAAUACUUGAAUGAUCCUGAUAGUGCAGCUAAGGAUGAAGAAUCUGUUCUACAAACGAUUCGAAACCAACUUGAUGAAUCAAUUGAUAUUAAAUUCAUGAAGGUUAGAAACUUUCCUCAAAAUUUCACCUAUGACAAUGUCAAUAAAUUACUUAAUGACGAGACUAAAUUAGCAAACUUUAAAGAAAACAAGUCGGAUGACGUUAACUUUGAUAAUUUGUUUAAAUUAUAUAACAUAUCUAAAUUAUUGGGUAAGAGUAGAGGAUCUAUUCAAUUUGGAAGGCUAAGGACUAAUGUUAAAGUUGUUCAAAAAUCAGAAGUUACUGAAGCACCAUCCGUUGAUGAUUCAAGACAAUUAAGUCUAGGUAAAUCAGAUAAAGUAAUCAUGUUAACAAAUGAAUCAGGAGAUGAGCCUAAAUCGACUUUGUUAGUUACUAAUCUCAUGAUUUUUGCCAACUACUCAGCGGCAAAGUUUGCUCAUGAUAACUCAAUUGGUUAUAUAUAUAGAGGUCAAGAUCUUAAUUUACCUGCAAAGUUAACUAAAGAAUUGAAAGAAUUACUUGAAAGUAAAGGGGAAACUUCACUCGAGGAUGUAUAUAAAUCUCGUUUAGUUAUGGUAGGAGCAAAAUUAAAUACUGAAGCAAUAAGGCAUGAAGCACUUGCAAUUGAUUAUUAUUCUCAUGUGACAUCUCCUUUAAGAAGAUUUGUUGAUAUGGUAAAUCAUUGGAAACUUGGAGAGUAUUUAUUACGGAAAUCAGGUGUAAGCUCAGAUACCCUCAUAGAUAAUAAGAACCUCCGAUUUAUUUCAAAUUCUUUACAGAAUGGUGAUACUAUGAAUAGAGCUUUUCAAUUUUUAUCGUCACGAUUUUGGGAAGGAAUAUUCCUAAAGGAAAUUGCUGAAUUAAAACAACCAUUUAAUUUCCGACUCUUAAUUCAAGGAAAUCCCAAAAUUGCAGAUUCUAUUCUAGUUAUAGCAGAAGAUUUUAGUCAUUUACGUUGUACUCUUAAUGUUUCUCCUAGAUUAAUAGAAGAGUUUGACAAUGGUACCAUUAAAGUUGGAUCUGUUUUAAGUUCAGAUGAAAUUAAAUUAAGUAAAGUGGAUUUUAUCGAAGAUGAAGUAGUCUUCGAAUACGAAUGAUGAAGAUUCAGUAUGUAUAAUUUACCUGUAAAUAGCUUGUAAAUAAACAGUCGAUCAAUAGAUCGAAUAGAGAACGCAAUUAUAGUGAUGCCGCGGAAAAUAUACCGUAAACGGAAGGGGCUGCGUUUUUUUGAAGUUGGAAACGAUAUGCAGAAGUUUCCCCCUCUAGCAAUUAUGCCAUUAUCAG